AUGGCCGAACAAGACGUCUCCUUCAAAGUCGAGGAUCUCUUUUCCGUCAAGGGGAAAGUCGUCGUUGUGACCGGCGGUGGCUCCGGCCUCGGCAAAGCCAUUGCUGAGGGCUUUGCCAUCAAUGGCGCGAAGGUGUAUAUUUCUGGUCGAAGAAAAGAAGUAUUAGAUGUUGCUGCCAAACAAAUUGGCGGAGAUAUUCAUAUGCGGGGAGAUGUGCAGACAAAAGAGGGAUGUCAAAAGAUUGUGGGGGCCAUUAAGGAGCGUGAAGAUCAUAUUGACACUCUCAUCAACUGCGCUGGCGUCAGCAGUCCAUGGCGAGUAAAAGCCACGGCCCAUAAUGACCCGGACCAAGUUGAGAAUCUUCUCAUAAAUGGAUUAAUUGAGGAAGACUUUGACAGAAGCAACCAAAUCAAUGUGAGCGGAGUCUACUUUUUAACGGUCAACUUCAUUCCCCUUCUACGCAAAGCCGCAGAUCCAAAUGUCUGUGUGAUUGCAUCAGUAGCUGGAAUAUCAAACCAGAGAACUAUGGGCUCAUUGUCAUACGGCGUGUCUAAAGCUGCGACUGUCCACCUUGCCAAACUUCUUGCCGGCCGCUUGCAUCCGAUGAAAAUUCGAGUUAAUACUAUUUGCCCCGGCAUUUUUCCGUCUGAAAUGACAGGGGUCGCCUCUGGAAAACACGAAUACAAAAUUACCCACCCAGCAGAAAAGGCAGCUCUGAGAUCUACUGCUGGUCGCCCGGGAAGACCUGAAGAGAUUGUUGGACCAGUCUUGUUGUUGUCAAGUGCCGGUGGAGGAUACAUGAAUUGUGCCCUACUUACGGUUGAUGGCGGGAGAUUGAUGGGCGUUUCUAUUAACGAUGGAAUUAGAAUGCCUGAAGACACCUAUACGUCAGUAUGGAGCCUAUUAAAGCAAAUUAAAUAA